GAGAAAACCUUGCCGCAAAUAACAAUAUUCAUUUAUAUAGUAUUAUUUACAUAUUAAUGGCCGAAGGUAUAACUAUUUUACUUCAAUGGCCUUUUGAUGCCAUUUGGUUUAAAUUUCAAGGCCUUUCCGUUGAUUGGUUUUUUUUUAUACAAUUUAUAAGAUUAUAUCUUGCAACAAAACGGCAUUACAGAGAAGAUUACAUUAGGUUACCCCUUCAUACCUCUGAUAAUGAAAUUGAAUCAGAAGAACACGAUUUACCAAACAAUGAUAAAAAAGAUUAUCAUCUUAAUCAU